AAGGCAGGUAUCUCUCUCUCUCUCUCUCUCUCUCUCUCUCUCUCUAGGGGAAAGAAUAAGUAAGAAUGGCGGAUCUCCAUAGCAGCCCAGGCCAAGCUCAGAGACCAAAUGCUAGAGCUGCCACCGGUGGUGGUGGUGCUGUCACAGGUGGGCCCACCACCGGCAGCGAUGGUUGUACAUUUCUGAGGAAACUACGAAAUCAUGCUCCUAAUUCCACACAAGUUAUGGGUUUGUUAACGCUGGUGAUCUCUGGAGGUAUGCUGCUUUUCCUCAUAGGGCUAAUCCUGACAGCCAUGGUUAUGGGAUUGAUGUUCUUCAACCCGUUGAUCAUGUUGACCAGCCCAAUAUGGGUACCGGCUGGAUUCGUACUGUUGAUAUUUGUGGGUGGGUCGCUAUCCAUUUGUGGGUCCGGAGUGGCAAUAGUGGCAGGGCUAUCGUGGUCAUGUAUGUACCUCAGAGGGAGGCAUCCUCCGGGAUCGGACCGUUUAGAUUACGCCAGGAGAAGACUUGCGGAUACGGCUUACCACGUGAAGGAUUAUGCCAAGGAGUACGGUGGAUACUUGCACAGUAGAAACAAGGACGCGGCACCGGGCGCUUGAGACUUCACCGCUGCAUGCCUUCUCGUUCAUUAUUGAAAGGCUGUGGUGGUCAGUGGUCUGUUGUCCAUUCUUGAUUUCCUCGUUUUUGUUAGCUUUUAACGUCUUCCCCCGUCACACUCAUCAUCCACUCACCCCCACCCCCACUUUUUUUUUUUUUUUUAUUUUACAUCGGAUGACAAAUUUUGAUAUUGUAAAUGAGUCUAUGUUCUAGAAUGGAUCAUGUGAUGGAUUUCAUCUGUGUGGAUCAGCACGUAUAAGAUGUUCUCGUAUGAGAAUCUGAUCCACCCUCUCCUUAUUAUAUAAUUCUCGACAAACCCCGCCCUCUUUUCAUGUCUCGUCCACACCACAUCAGAAUCAAAUUAUUAUUUAAGCUUCUUUUUGGCA